AUGGCAUCUCUAUUCGCCAUCUCUGCCCUCCUGGGCGUGACUCUCGCGCAGACCAGCACACUCACUCUUCCAUUCUACAGCUACGACCAGCAAUCCAUCGUCGGCUCCGUCGUUGCCGUCAGCAACCAGAUCACAACCCUCCAACUCGCAUGCCCAGACAACACAGAUGGAAGCGACUGCGGCCUCUUCCCAUCCCAGACUCUAAUAGUCGGACCCUCGACUUACAACAUGUUCAUGUCCGCUCCAGACGGCGCCUUUACCGGAACACAGCAAUGCAGCGCAACAGUCUGCACCGAGAGCAACGGAGGCAGUGAGGCCAACUUCCCAGGUUCAAGCGUGACCACGUACGAUGCUAGUGAUGUUGCAAGUCUGCCAGUCACUGUCACUGCCGGCGCGGAUAAAUUGGGGAGCGGAGGCGCUACGACCACUGGGGGAGGCAGUGAGAGUGCAACAUCCACUGCCAGCACCGGAUCGAAUGCUAGCCAGACGACUGCAAGUGUUACAGAAAUGAGCGGAACUGCGGGCACUGCAACAGAAUCAGCGGCUACGACUAGCUCCAGCAGUGCGGCGUCGUUACGAGAUGGAGGAUCUCUUGCGGCCGCAUUCGGUCUUCUCCUCGGCAGCCUUUUGCUUUAG